AUGACAUGGACGAAUGAUGGAGGAGUUUUUGAAUUAAUCAUCGACGGCAUAUUACAAUCGAGUCUGACUGGGAUUGAAGCUGAUGGUAUAAUAUCUGCUCGAAGUCGAUUUAUCGUCGGUGGUUCUGACGUUGAGAAAAAAAACUUGGAGGUUGUCCUUCACAACUUGAAUGUUUGGGACAAGGUUGGUUUUAUAACAAACAUACUUGCAGGGAGGUGAGUCCGGAAUUGGACGCACCAAGGGUGGCUGGAAGUUUCCCGAAGUCACCGAGCGAAACAUGCCAUUUCGGUAAAAUGUUAAAAAGUACUGAAGAAUUUUAUACGCAUUUUACUUUUUAGUAUGUAAUUUUGUGUUUGGAUAACGAACAUUUUAGCCGCCAACAUACUACCCAAACAAACAAACUUAGGCUUAAAUUAAAGCUAAAAAAAUUCUCUACAAUACUCCCUUAUUCUUCAAAAGAGAAAAUGAACGCAUUCUGCGAAAACAAUGCCAAGAUUUAUAUAAACCUGCCCGUGCCGAACAAAUUUCGGCGGCCAUCUUUCUUUUUUUCCACUUUUAAUACAGAAUAUUCCAUUUUCAUCACACAAAAUAAAAAAAAUAAUAAUUAUAAAACAAUUAAAAACAGUUACUUUAUUUUUUAUUUAAAUCUUCGUCUGAAAUUUGCUCAAAUCGCUUCAUAAUGGCCGCCGCCGAAACAUCGAUCUCGAACCCACCUCCUAAACUUAUGUCAGCAGGUGGGUUCGAGAUUGAACGCACCUCCUCUUAGCCAAUAGGAAAGCAGCUAAUACGCUAGGUAUGACACAAUGUGUAUUAUCUCAUACCUAGCGUAUUAACGGCUUUCCUAUUAACUACGAAGAGGUGCGUUCAAUCUCGAACCCACCUGCUGACGUACGUUUAGGAGUCUCAGUAAGAACCUCAUGACCUCUUUAGAUCAAGAAAUAGAUUUCUCUCAAACUUUGUACUUGAGAUUGCCUUUAUAAGGGUUGUCAUAGACGGAUUUUGUGUGUGUGGGGGGGGAGGGAGGGUUGCAGGGGGGUGCUACCCCCUCAAUAUUAGCUAUAACCCCCCAAACAAAAUGUCCACCCCUCCAAAAAAAAUUUCAACCCCCCCCCAAUAUUCAGCAUAAUAAAAAAUAAUUAAAUAGUCCACUCCAACGUGCAGAGUGUUGAUGAUACAAAAUAAACGUAGGAGUACACUCAAAUAGAAAAAGACAGUGCAAUUCUCUGAAACUAAUUGCUCGCUUGCAUUCACUGGUUUAUUGGACCAAUUGUAAAGUUUUGAAACUCUACUAUCUCCCCUGAAUAGAGUUUGCAGUGCCUUGUCAUGCAAAUAGCUUGCUUGCAAGGAACGUUUGGAAAUUUUACGAACAUUAUUUUUAGUUUUUAAUUCUUUUAGGAAAUAGUCUUGCCUAGAUUUAAUGUUUACGUCCCAAAUAUUAUUUACAUCGGAGUUACAUCAUAAAUUGUACUCGGAUUCAAACGACACAAUGUCAAUGAUUUUAUAAAAGUAAAAGCAUAUUGUGUAUUGGCCUAUUGGGUUUACACUUUUACAGGUUCAUUUAACUAAUAACUCUCUCAAGUCUCAACAGACAAUUGAACAGGCCAAAUCCAUUGAUAUGACAACUUCAAAAAAGUUUUUUCGAAGCUAGAAAUCACGAUUUUUUUCAAAUUUUUCCAGGGAUACUUUGUUUUCUGCUCUCUAGAUUCCCACUCGCGGCUCUAGUGCUCCACCCCUGGAAUAUAGACCUUACUGGGGUUUUGUGACACUUUGUGUUGCUUCAGUCCCUGCUCACGGCUCACCCCCCUAAAAUUUCUGGCACCACCCCAGUAAAAAAUAUGAAAAUCCGUCUAUGAGGGUUGUUUCAAAAUAUUUUUGUUUUCAGUCUGAUUUCAUUUUGGCAAUGUUCCAGGAGGGUUAAGUUGAGCGUUAAAAUUAUGAUUUUUGCUGUUUCUCAAUAGUGGAUUUUUACUGAUUUUUAAACUUCUGUACAUCAAACAAAAAUAAUGAUAAACCUAAAUCAUUCCACAUAGUAGUAGCUUUAUAUGUCUUAAGUAACAAGGUAUCUACAAAUUUUUCAAAUAUGUUUUCUAAAUAUAGCAAUGACAUCAUUCAUGACAGACUAGAAUAGAGAUUUCUAAGUUCCUUAAAAAUGGGUUACAUAAAAACUCUAUAAUUCAAAAGUUAGACUUGCCAUGAAUGUAAUAUUAUUUCUAUGGUGAGAUUAAAGGUUGGUCUUACAUAAUAUAAAAUUAAAUGUUGCGGCCUGAAAAUUUUGGGGGCAACAAAACAUCAACAUUUUCAACUUUCGGUAGUUUAGAUCAAAUAAGAAUGUUCACCUUUUAUACUGUAAACUCUGCAUUCAAAGAGCGAAAUUUUACUUAUUAUUUCGACCUAGAACAGUGAUAAACAUUCGUUUGACCUUUACUGUUGUCUAAAGUUAUUUAGGGAAAAGCACUGACACAGACAUUUCCGUUAUGUAUGGACCAUAUUGUAUAAAUAAUAACAAUUUUCGAGCUGAAUAUAAACAAGGCAAGUUGUAAAUUUCCAACAGGUAAAGAUGUCUGUUAGUCAACAAAUUAUCGAACAUCGAUUUACUUUAAAGAAGAUUUAUUUAAAAAGUCAAGAGAAAACCUAACCCAAUAUAAUUUAUACAAAGAUAAUAUAUGCCUCGAUCAAUGAUCCCGAUUGUCAGUUGACUUAUUAUUUGACAUUUGUCAGCUGUCAUUGUUCUUUAGUAUUAAUUACUUUCGAUAUCUUAAUGAUUAUUGUAGACACAGUCUGAUAUAUAAAUUUUGAUUCUUUGUCAACAGGCAAUGCUAGUCAAUUCCUGCAUCAUUAUAUUUGUCCGGAAUUAAUGUUGAGCUUUGUUCUGUCAAGAAUGAAACAAACUAAAUCUAAUUUUUCUAAAUAUAGAAAUGUUUCUACAUUUAGAAAAUAUAUUUGAAAAAUUUAUAGAUCCCUUGUCACUUAAGGCAUAUAAAGCUACUAUUGUGUGGAAGGAUGUAGGUUUAUUAUGAUUUCUGUUUGAUGGAGGCAAAAUCGUCCAAGGCUACAAUGUUUGACAGCCGAAUAAUUUGGCUGGUCAGCGGCUUCCGCCAUAUUAACAAUAACAAAAUCGAGUAAAAACGACGGAGGAAUUGACUAGCAUAGCCUGUUGAUGAAGAAUCAAGAUUUAUUUGCAAGACUGUGUUGUCUACAAUAGUCAUUAACAUAUCGAAAAAGAUUGACACUAAAGAUUAAUGGCAGCUGACAAAUGUCAAAUAGUAAAUCUACUGACAAUUGGGGUCAUUGAAUGACAAGGUUGUGGAUCAAGCCAUAUCUUUGUAUCAGUUAAUUUAAUAUUGGAGUAUGUUUUCUCUUGACUUUUUAAAUAAAUCUUCAAAAUAAAUCGAUGCUCGAUAAUUUUUUGACGAACGGACGUCUUUACAUGUUGCAAAUUCAUAACUUGUCUUUUUAUUUCAGCUAGGAAAUGUUUAUUAUUUAUGCAAUACGGUCCAUACAUAAACAGAAAUGCCUGUGUCAGUGCUUUUCCCUAAAAGACUUUAGACAACAGUAAAGAUCAAACGAAUGUUUAUUACUGUUCUAUGUCGAAAUAAUAAGUAAAACUUUGGUCUUUGAAUGCAGAGUUUACAGUAAACGGUGAACAUUUUUAUUUGAUCUAAACUACCGAAAGUCGAAAAUGCAGAUGUUUUGUUGGCCUGUAGUACCCCCAAAACUUACAGGCCGCAAUCUUUAAUUUUACAUUAUCUAAGACUAACCUUUAAUCUCUGCACCAUACAAAUAAUAUUACAUUCAUGGCAUGUCUAACUUUUGAAUUAUAGGGUUUUUAUUUCACCCAUUUUUAAGGAACUUGGAAAUCUCUAUUUAGUCUGUCAUGAAUGAUGUCAUUUCUAUAUUUAGAAAACAUAUUUGAAAAAUUUGUGGAUACCUUGUUACUGGAGACAUAUAAAGCUACUAUUGUGUGGAAGGAUUUAGUUUUAUCAUUAUUUUUGUUUGGUGUACAGACGUUUAAAAAUCAAUAAAAAUCCACUAUUGAGAAACAGCAAAAAUCAUAAUUUUAGCCCUCAACUUGACCCCCCUGGAACUUUGCCAAAAUGCAAUUAGGCUGAAAACAAAAUGAAUUUUGAAACAACCCUUAUAAAGGCAAUCUAAAGUACAAAGUUUGAGAGAAAUCUAUUUCUUGAUCCAAAGAGGUCAUGAGGUUCUUACAGAGACUGCCUCUUAAUCAGACUGAAAUUUCAAAUGACGCGAGCCAACAGAUCACGACACAUUUGUAUAUAAAAAGGGCGCGUGAAUUGAACAAGUCAUAUAUUAUUAGCACUGAUGAAGAUCCGGGCUUACGGAUUGAAAGCUUUGCAGUAAUAAAUUUACGUGGUGUUUCCACAAACAAAACUAUUAUUGAAUGAGUUUUUGAGCAAUUAGGUUGUUACCCAUAUAUUAUUAAGAGGAGAUUUGUUUGUAUGUUACUGAACACGUGCUCAAAUUUAAAACUAAUGAGUGUAAUAUACCUCUUGCUGUUCUGACUAUACUGUAUACAUCCAAAAUUUUUAUUUUUCGAUACGUUUCUCAAUCGGCAAAUAAAAUAAUGCCAAAAUGAAGAGAUUUUAGAUCGUACGCCAAAGAGAAAAGUAUGUCUGUAGUUCAGCAAGUUUUGCUUAUAUUGCUGUAAAUAUGGCGUCACGUCAUGGCGUAUAUUUUAAGGUAAUAUCAUGAUUGCGGGCAUUCCCUUUGUUCUCGCAGGGCAAUUAAUAACUAAUAUCCCUCAUUAUAUUCAUUUUUCUAAUCCUACCCGCUUUUACGUCAUGUCAGGUAGAAUUAGUUCUAAUCCUACCCGAAACGACGUCAAAGCGGGUACGAUUAGAAAAAAUGAAUAUAUCUGAAAUCGCCAAAACUAAACAAAGACAUGGAAAACAAUUAUACCAUUUAAUUUAUACCAUUAUUUAUUGUUAAUUGGUUUUUAAUGGCCCUGCGAGAACAACGGGAAUACCCGCAAUCAUGAUAUUACACUCCAACUAAAUGACCCUCAUCGAGCGGCGCCCAAGGGAAUUUUACUAAACGACCCUCAUCGGGCGGGACGUUUUAAUAGCUAAUUCGCCUCUUUCUAUGCUAUUACUUAUAAUAAUUCCGCAGUUUUUCAUUGCGCACUUUUACUGCGCACAUCUUAUAACUUAUAUUUUCAUCCACUAUACGUACCGUUUAAAGAAAAAUCAUUUUAUGACGGUUUUAUGUUACUUCAAAACAUCUUUGGUUACAUCUUGGGUGCAAAAAAUUAUGUUAAAUCAAUGUUUUCAAAAAAGGCAUACAAAAGUGUAGCUAUGGGGUUCCCCGUGUCUGUAGUAUAUUGAUUUACUUGUAUUUCACGUUUUAAUGCCACAAUUCCGUAAAACGAUCGGUGACCCCCGUUUUUUAACUGAUAAUUUAUUUCUUUAAUGCAUUUUACAUUUUUAUCCGAAAUUAAAGGAAAAAUCAUUUCUGGAUCUUGAAAAAAAGUCCUUUAUCAAUGCAUGUUCUCAAAGAAAGAUAUGUAACGAAAUGUGGAAAAGAAAUUUAUGGAUCACAAUUGCAUGUACACGUUUGUAGUUUCACUUUGCUCAAAACACAAUAUUUUUUCAAAAAUAAUUACAAGAUAGGUUUACCAAAGCAAAAUCCGCUCUAAAAACGUCAAUAAAUAUCGGGCUGUUGCUCGUAAUGAGCGUCAAGAUGGCGCCAUAUUGGGGUAAAGGUGGUAUAUUGUGAUUGUCAUAUCUUCUUAACGAGUUCGGUGACCCCGACUUUUUUGUGUGAUUUUACUUUAACUAUAUCAUAAACUCCAUGCCUGGGAAGUUUCAGCACAUUCUCAUUUCGGGAACAAUUACUGCGGAAUUACCUUAAUUGACAUUCUUUGCUAUUAUUUUAGUUUCUCAACCAGCAAAUGCAUUUAAAAAGGUAGCUAACUGUAUAAACUAGAGAAUAAAGCUAAAACAAACCAAUUUUGAGAUGUACGCCAAAAAGAUUUUCGGUUUUGAACACUUUUCAUCCCAAAUACAGGACAUAGAAAAAAAUUGCUUCGUAAUAGUAUUCAGUUAUUUUGUAAUUAGGUAAUCGUCUUUGAACAGCCUCUAUGGGGAAAUAUUUAACAAUUAUUCGCCUCAGGCUCGGUGAUUAUCGGCGAUUAUUCGCCAAGACGAAGUCGAGGUGAAUAUUCCCCGAUAAUCACCGAACCUGAGGCGAAUAAUUGUUUUAGUAUUUUUACACAAGUUCUUGCAUUUUUUUUAACUGAAUUUAUUUUAAUUUCGCUUAUGUCUUUAUCAGUACCACAAAACGGGUAGCCGCCAUUUGAAAAUUUACGUCAAAUUUGACCAAUCAACGUGUAGGAUUUGUUAUGUUCACUUGCGCAAGAAUACUAACUUAAGAAUCAAUCAAUCAAUCCAUCAAACAACACAAGUGAAAACAUAACCUCCUGGCGCAAUUUAAAUAUACUCGGUGCCUUUCUAAUGAUUUUUUCGCAUCAUUUGAAAGGUUUUAUGGGAUGAAAUGUUAUAUAUGAUGACGUCACAGCCAGGAAGUGAUAUGGGAAAUUUUGUUGCUUGGAGAGAUUUUAAGAAACCUGCAAGUAUCCCAGAUGAAAAUUUUCACAUUCAGAAAGACAACUCCAACAAUUUUCGUGUUCAAACACGUAAGUGUACCAAACAUGAGCACGUGUUGUGCACGCUUGCCUUAAUAAAGCUACACGCGUAAAAACGCGCAAGUUGUUACAGGUUUGCAAACAAAUUGUAACAAGAUUGUUGUCGAGCCGUUAUCAAGAUGUGUUCGCACUGCUUGGAACAAGUUGUCAUCGCCUUGUUACAAGCAUAGAGAUGACACUAUUUUAGGAAUCGAGGGUGAAAUUUGGGAGCGCGGUAGUGGGGGGCAAAUUGAAAUCCCGGAUGAACACCACACAAUUCUUGGGUUACACUUGAAACCAGGAAAAUCCAAAACAAGUCUCACAAAACUGGGUAUUUUAUAUGUUUUGCAUAUCAUUACUACAAGCAUACGCCAAAAUUUAGAAAAUUAAACGAUUGAUUCCCCUUGAAAAGAUCAAAAUUGCUGACAUCAGCAUUAUUUUGUAGCGCCUUCAAAAAUGUGUUAUAGACAAAUUGAGGUAAAAAUGCUUGGUAAAAAUCAAAACGGGAUAAACAAGAGGUUUAGAGAUUUUGGCUUACACUCGCUCUUAUUUCAGCAUUUUAUUUUUUUGCCCUCCAAAAGCCGCGUUCCCUUUCUUUGACUGGAUAAAGAUUACGAUGCCCCCUCUAGUGUUAUUUAUAAUCUCUAUGGUUACAAAGUUGAUGUCGGUAACAGACGUGCUACAAAUUUCCUGGUACUUUGACAGUUCUUUAAACACGAAAUUUACACCGUAUAAAUUUAAACUGCGUUUUAAAUCUUACAUUUUUGUACGCAAGUCCUCUUUAAAGUGAUUUUGCCCUCCCCCCCUAGAAUCUCUCUUACCCCUCUAAUAAAGUGUUCAACCCCACCAAAAUUUCGAAUUCGCUUCACCCCUCCUAUUUUGUGUGAAAGUCUUUAAUUAACCCAAACGCCUAACCCCUGCCGAAGCUCACUGAGUGGUGCCACUUGCACCCCACCAGAAAUUUUUCUACCCCUUCUAUUAAAAAUAUGGAAAUCCGUCCUUUGUACAAAUGUUGCGGAAUGUUCAGCUUAGUGGACAUUCCGCUUGCGAACAUUUUUGAACUGCAUGUGUAGAUUUUUACACCCUCUGUAUAAUGUAUAGUAAAUUGUGUUCAUCCCGUCCCCCCCCCCCUGGCUUAGUAAAAAACUUACGGUAUUUCCAAUGUGAAUUUUCAGUUUUCAUGAACAAUGUUGGACUCAUGUUCUCUACACCAUUUCCUGCGUAUUCUCAUUGUCUUAGUUGUGGUUGCUGUUGGCCCAAAGGCGGAGUGGCAGUUACGAUGUGGCUGCAAUUGA